AAGGGAGCUCGGGACUGGGAGGCUGCACAGCCGCGCACUGGAGCAGGACCAUCCACUCGCGCAGCCCGGCGGCACAGGACUCGUCUUGUUCCUUAUUCCUUUUUUUUUUUUUUUUUUUUUCCAAUCUCUCUCCAUCACUCCAAACGGGUCGAUUUAAUUGUUAUUGUUUUUAAAUUAUUUUGCUACCUGACUUUUUCCUCUUGCCUUUUUUUUUUUUUUAAUUGAAGGUUGUGCUAAGACUUUUUUUUGGAAAGCGUUAAAAAACAAAAAAUAAAAGACAAGGGGGGGAAAGAAGCCAGCAAGAGACUGAAAAGAGGAAGAGAAAGUGGCAGCUAAGAAGGACUGUGAAAUCACCUCCCCUUUCUGGGGCUGUCGAUCAGAGCGAGAGUUGUACAUUAUUAUUACUGUUUUUCUUUCCACAUCUAUCUAUCCACAUACACAGGGGGAGAGAGAGAGAGAGAGAGACAAGUACAGUCGGUGAAACUCGACGAGACCAGCCAUGGUAGCAAGGGCUCAGCCUGAUCGGAAACAAUUACCGCUGGUCCUACUGAGAUUGCUUUGCCUUCUCCCUACAGGGCUGCCAGUCCACAGCGUGGAUUUUACCCGAGGUACCGAUAACAUCACCGUGAGGCAGGGGGACACAGCCAUCCUCAGGUGUUAUGUAGAAGACAGAAGCUCCAAGGUGGCCUGGUUAAACCGUUCUGGCAUCAUUUUUGCUGGAGAAGACAAGUGGUCCCUGGACCCUCGAGUAGAGCUGGAGAAGAGAAACCCCCUGGAAUACAGCCUGCGGAUCCAGAAAGUGGAUGUCUACGAUGAGGGGUCCUAUACGUGUUCAGUGCAGACACAGCAUCACCCCAAGACUUCCCAGGUUUACUUGAUCGUGCAAGUUCCACCAAAGAUCUCUAAUAUCUCCUCGGACAUCACCGUGAAUGAGGGCAGCAACGUGACCCUGGUUUGCAUGGCAAAUGGACGUCCUGAGCCUGUCAUCACCUGGAGGCACCUCACCCCAACAGGCAGAGAGUUUGAAGGCGAGGAAGAGUAUCUGGAGAUCCUAGGGAUCACACGAGAGCAAUCGGGCAAGUACGAAUGCAAAGCUGCCAAUGAGGUUGCUUCAGCAGAUGUCAAGCAAGUCCGCGUCACUGUGAACUACCCUCCCACUAUCACAGAGUCCAAGAGCAAUGAAGCAGCCACGGGACGACAAGCCUUACUCCGCUGCGAGGCGUCAGCAGUGCCCACGCCUGAUUUCGAGUGGUACAGAGAUGAUACCAGGAUAAACAGCGCCAACGGUCUGGAGAUAAAGAGCACGGGGACCCAGUCUCUGCUGAUGGUGGCCAACGUCACUGAGGAACACUACGGGAACUACACCUGCGUGGCUGCCAACAAGCUGGGAGUCACAAAUGCCAGCCUAUACCUUUACAAACGAGUUUUACCCACACUCCCCAAUCCUUUUCCAGGACCCGGCACAGGGAGAGUAGACAACGGCUCCAUGAGUUUGGCCGUCCCACUGUGGCUGCUGGCAGCGUCCCUGAUCUGCCUACUCAGCAAAUGUUAAUACAAAUCAGAAUUAAAAAUAAUAAUAAUAAUAAUAAUAAUAAUAAUAAUUAAAAAAAAACCCAACACGACAACAACAACAACAACAACAACACACAAAGCAAAACGCGUUAUACAGGAGACAGAGCGAAGAGAGGGGAGAGAGAAAAAAGAGAGGGGAGGGGAGAGAGAGAGAGGACUGUUUCUUUCACAACUUUUGUGUGUUCAGGAGCGAAGAGGGGGGAGAGGAAAAAUUACAGCAAAGAAGACUCAGCAACAUUUAAUCCAAAACCUGACAAGCCGGCUGUCAAGUCACCGACCGUCUAGGAGGCAACACGAAGCAAGGGAGAGAAUGGGACACCAGCAAGGAUCGUGUCGCCGGAGGAUGCUGCAAUGCAAACAAUCCAACAAAACCCGCAAAGCCAAUCGAACAGAAGAUCCCUUUUCUUUUCUCUCCUCCUUCCUCUUUUCCAUGCUCCCUCACCUUCCUUCCUUCCUCCUCUUUCUUUCUUUUGCGGAAAGAGGUCUUUGCUUCGGUGUCUAUAGCCACUUAACUUUUUGGAUGCCCUGGGUCAUUUUUGUGAGCCGAUGCUCAGCCAGCUCAUACUUUUGAAAACAAAAAAAAGAAAAAGAAAAGAAAAAGAAAAAAAAAAAAGCCACAAACCAGAGUAAGUCACCUGAAGCUCUCUGCACACUGGUGUCCUGUGAAGAACCCCUUCCCCUCUUCACCCUGCGCUCCUGUGCGCCCAGCCCUUGCUAAACCCCUUCUUUUCUGUCCCCUCUUCCAUGCAUCAUCACACUCGCUGGCCUGAACUAAAGCUGUGUCAAACUCUACUGAAAA